AACAUUUUGCUUCCCCUGUUUCGAUCGUCGAGAGUUAUCAGAGAUGAGUUCGGACGAUGAGAGAGACGAGAAGGAGCUGAGUCUUACCUCUCCUGAAGUCGUUACCAAGUACAAGAGCGCCGCUGAGAUCGUUAACAAGGCGUUGCAGGUUGUUUUAGCUGAAUGCAAACCAAAAGCUAAGAUUGUUGACAUCUGCGAGAAAGGAGAUGCUUUUAUCAAAGAGCAAACAGCGAGCAUGUACAAGAAUGCUAAGAAGAAGAUUGAGAGAGGUGUUGCUUUCCCUACAUGCAUUUCUGUGAACAACACUGUUGGUCAUUUCUCACCGCUUGCCAGUGAUGAGUCUGUGUUGGAAGAUGGUGAUAUGGUUAAAAUUGAUAUGGGAUGCCAUAUUGAUGGGUUCAUUGCUCUUGUUGGUCACACACAUGUUCUUCAAGAAGGGACUGUUACUGGGCGUAAAUCUGAUGUUAUUCGUGCCGCUAGUGAUGCAGCUGACGUUGCUUUGAGGCUCGUACGUCCUGGAAAGAAGAACACUGAUGUAACUGAAGCUAUUCAGAAGGUGGCUGCAGCUUAUGACUGCAAAAUUGUUGAAGGGGUUCUUUCCCACCAGAUGAAGCAGCAUGUGAUAGAUGGAAACAAGGUUGUGCUAAGUGUAUCCAGCCCUGAAACAACUGUUGAUGAAGUGGAAUUUGAAGAGAAUGAAGUCUAUGCAAUAGAUAUUGUGGCAAGCACUGGUGAUGGCAAGCCAAAGCUAUUAGACGAGAAGCAAACAACUAUUUACAAGAAAGAUGAGAGUGUUAACUAUCAGUUGAAGAUGAAGGCCUCCAGAUUCAUAAUCAGCGAAAUUAAACAGAACUUCCCCCGUAUGCCAUUCACUGCAAGGUCACUGGAGGAGAAAAGGGCUCGUCUUGGGCUUGUGGAGUGUGUGAACCAUGGUCAUUUGCAACCAUAUCCUGUUCUUUACGAGAAGCCUGGGGAUUUUGUUGCCCAGAUUAAGUUCACAGUUUUGCUGAUGCCAAAUGGAUCGGAUAGGAUCACUUCACAUGAACUUCAGAAGCUUGAAACUAAGACCUCUGAGGACCCUGAGAUCAAAGGGUGGUUAGCCUUGGGUAUCAAGAAGAAGAAGGGUGGUGGAAAGAAGAAGAAAGCAGCCAAGAAGGCAGGAGAGAAAGGAGAGGCUUCAACAGAGGCUGAGCCAAUGGACGCAAGUAGUAAUGCUCAAGAAUGAGUAGGAAGAUUUGUCUUUGUUUCUUUUAAAGAAUUUUUGAAACUUGAGGUACCUCUUUCUUUGUAUGUUUCGGUUUCAAGAGAGUCUCUUCUUAAACAAAAAAAAAACAACAAAAAAGAGUUUAUCAC